AUGCCUCGAUCUCAGGACGUUCCCGAGACGCCUCGGGUCAUUUCUCCCACUUCCACUUCACCAGACGGAUCGCGUUUGCGAGAUGAUUAUUUCGGACCUACGACUCGCUCUGCUGCGCGACGGCAGCGGCAAACCGGCGUACCCGAAAAGAAAACAGACGAGAACGACUCGACUUCGAAGCGCACGCGAACAAGGUCCCGUAAUUCAACAACACCAAACGGAACAGCGCGACAGCGCAAACCGACUCCUAUCACACCUGCGAAGAAAGAGGAGGUUGAAGCUAAUGGCAAGACCAAUGGCUACUUGUCGCCGCUCUCCAAAGUUCAACAAGACUUGCACGAUGUUUCUUCUCGAUCCCCUUCGCCUCUAGGAAUUAUUCCUCUACACUCUCGUUAUCGCAACUUCAUCCACCGCCAUGAGAUUCCGCGCAAGCUUCUGCACGUGUCCAUCGGUUUCAUUACUCUUCACCUCUAUAGCCGGGGCGUACAACCAUUACAGAUUACACCAUGGCUCUUUUCGGCUCUCGUGCCCAUUGCCGCCACCGACGUGAUUCGACAUCGCUCGGAAACCGUCAACAAACUCUACAUCCGUUGCGUUGGCGCACUAAUGCGCGAGACAGAGGUGUCGGGCUACAACGGUGUGAUCUGGUAUCUCCUGGGCGCAUACGCAGUCCUGCGCUUCCUCCCCAAGGACGUCGGCGUUAUGAGCAUCCUACUUCUUAGCUGGUGUGACACUGCCGCCUCCACUUUUGGCCGCCUGUACGGCCGGUACACCUUCCAACUCCGUAAAGGAAAGAGCUUCGCCGGAAGCCUGGCCGCUUGGUUCGUGGGUGUUGCCGCCGCCGCCGCCUUCUGGGGCUGGUUCGUCCCGUAUAUCGGUGCUUUUCCCAAUGACCCUGAAGGCUCCUCCAUGUUCACUGGCAGUUUGAACCUUAUCCCGGAUUGUGUUAGGAACCUCCUUGGCUGGACUACCGAGACGUCGAAGGCUAUCAUCACGGGUCCCCUGGCACUCGGAGUCAUGAGCUUUGUUUCCGGUAUUGUAGCUGCCGGUAGCGAAUUCGUGGAUAUCUUCGGCUGGGACGACAACAUCACGAUUCCCGUGCUGAGUGGAUUCGGCCUCUGGGGCUUUUUGAAGGUUUUUGGGUAG